CCCACAUUUUCCCUCUCCGACUGGUGCACAAGAAGCGUGGCUGUUGGCUGCAGCCUGAAACCGUCCACGGACUCCUGCACGCGCGCACCCAGCCAGCCUCCCUCCGGCGCGGCCUCCCGCAGGCGCCGCUCCGGCUCCGCGCGCGGUCUAGCGGAGACGCGAAGUGGAGCGGGCACCCACAAUCCGGGCGUGGAUCGUCUUCUUCCGUCGGUUGCUCUGCCUCUUCAGCGCGCAAGCUUGAUCGAUCUCAGUUGGUGCCACACUUGUUGGUGUCCAAUCGAGGUGUCGGUACAGUUUGUUUUCCAAAAUUUUGGGGUUUUAAGCUGAUUCCGCCCCUGGUCGCAUGCCGUGGUUCUCUCGUUGGUGGUGCAUUCACUCCCCUCGGCUCUGCGCCUGGCUCACGCCCUCUCUGCCCUUAUAUUUGGUUGUAGGCAAUUCUACUGUUUGGUUAAACCACUGUUGUAUCAUUGAAUAUGGAAGUCGAUGAUGACGUGGAUGAGGAUGACAUGGAUUUUAACCCUUUCCUUAGGGAAGGAUCUCCAUCUGAGACCUCGUCAAGCCUUACCUUGGAGGCACAAUGUGAGGAACAUAAUUCUGACAAUCAACUAAGUAGCAAGAUAUAUCCGCAGAACAAUCAAACAAGUGACAGUGUACUUCCUCAAAAUGGAUUGUCAUCCAAGGGUGUUUUCGAAGAUUUUUGUCCAGAAAAAACCUCAACCCAGGUUAAUUGUGAGCAUGAUGAAGGUUGCUUGAAUGGAUUGGAAAAGGAGGUGUUGCCAAGCAAAGCUGCUUGCUCUUCAACAGUGCAAAAUUCUCAUUACCUGUCGCUUGAAGCUAGUGAGGAAGAUGCAAUUUGCAGGCGGACGAGGGCAAGAUACUCUCUAGAAAAUUAUUCACUUGAGGAAUUGGAGACCUUUCUCCAGGAAUCAGAUGAUGAUGGUGAUCUGCAGAAUGUUGACGAGGAAGAGGAAUACCGCAAGUUUCUUGCAGCUGUCCUGUCUGGUGGAGGUGAUGACACACAGGCUUGCCACGGGGAUGAAACCCAGGAUGAAGAUGAAAAUGAUGCAGACUUUGAGCUCGAGAUUGAGGAGGCCCUAGAAAGUGAUGGUGAUGAAAAUGCUGAGAACUAUGAAGAUACAAAUGGUAGAAAAGAGAAAGAUGGCCGUAGGCCUCAGACUAGGCAGAGGCGACCAUUCACUGAGUUGUCUGGGCCAGGUAGCAAUCGUCAUGAAUCAACUAAAACUCAUUUAAGACCGAUUCUGCCAUAUAUUCCACCUGCAUUACUGACUCCUGCACAUGCUUUUGGAUGGCAAUAUCCUUCCCAGAAUGCUCUUUUCCCUUCAUCCUUAAUAUCAGUAACCUGUGCACCUUUAGUAAGCGGAUUUUCUGAUCGGCAACUUGGCGAACUGCAUGUGUUGAUAUAUGAGCAUGUUCAGCUCCUGAUCCAAACCUUCUCCCUAUGCGUUCUCGACCCAUCUAAACAAGAUGUGGCUAAUGAUGCUAAAAAGAUGAUAGUUGAGUUGGUUGGCUGUCGUGAUCAAGCAUUGGCUACGAGCGCUCCUCAUCGGCAAUUCUUUUUUGAAUCACAGCAUCUCUGCUCAUCAUCUAGUUUUGUUUCUUCUGAGAGCUCGGAAUGCCAAUGGAUGCCAUUAAUUAAGUGUCCUGUUAUAUCCAUCCUUGAUGUCUCACCACUUCAGUUGGCCCUCAGUUAUUUAAGUGAUGUCGCGACCGCAGCUGUCGUGAAGUAUAAAAGAAGCCAUGUGGAUGGCACUGCUGACAGAAACCGCAGAAAAGAGCCUCUGUUUCCUUUACCAGCAAUUAACAGUCGCAAAGAUGCGAACAAUGUUUCUCAAGACAGAUCGAAUAGUGUGCCCACAGCAUCAUCUCUUUCAUCUGGGCAGUUACAGCAGAAGAAAUCAUUAGCUGCUACCCUUAUUGAGAGUACUAAAAAGGAGAUGGUUGCCCUUGUUCCAUCUGACAUUGCAAGAUUAGCACUGAGAUUUUUUCCACUUUUCAAUUUUUCACUGUUUCCUCAUAAGCCACCUCCUGCAGCUAUGGCCAAUAGAGUGCUUUUCACUGAUGCAGAGGACAGAUUAUUAGCUCUAGGGCUUCAGGAAUAUAAUAAUGACUGGGGAGCAAUACAAAAACGCUUUCUUCCUUGUAAAUCAAAGCAUCAGAUAUUUGUGAGACAAAAGAACCGUAGCUCCUCCAAAGCUCCCAAUAAUCCAGUUAAGGAGGUGCGCCGUAUGAAGACAUCUCCGUUGACAAUUGAGGAAAUAGAGUGUAUCCGGGAGGGGCUGAGGAUGUUCAAAAAUGAUUGGACAUCAGUUUGGAGGUUAGUAGUGCCACAUAGAGAUCCUUCACUGCUCCAACGUCAAUGGAGAGUUGCCAGUGGAGUCCAGAAAUCUUACAGUAAAAGUGAAACCGCAAAAGAAAAAAGGCGAUCAUAUGAAGCAAAGAGGAGAAAGCUGAGAGCAUCAAUGCCCGAUUCAAGAGUAGUCUGUGAGCAAGGGGCUGAUAACAAUGCUUCUGAGGGUGUUGAAAAUGAUGAUGAUUCAUAUGUCAAUGAAGCAUUUUUGGAAGACAGAGAUAGGAGCAUGAACAUGACACCUUCUCAGCUGUCAUUAUCAAGAAAUGCUGGAAAAAGCAUGAUAAUGCAGUCAGGCACAAGCAUCGAUGAAGAAUGUGGUGCUACAGGUGGUAACAUUGAACCACGGAAGGGGAGUGAUACAAAACUUGAUGUAACCACAUCAUAUAUACCUUUUAUCUCUUGCACUUCUGAUGGCCCUUCAUCUGUGAGAGCACCUUGCACUACAGCUCCGAAGGUAUCAUGUGGUUCUCUGGACCAACUGCAAGCUUCCCGAUUGUGUAAAGAGAAAGGUAGUUGUGUGGUCAAGUUGGCCCCAGAUUUACCUCCUGUGAACCUUCCUCCUUCUGUCCGUGUGAUAUCUCAGGUGGCAUUUCAUCAGAAUGCAACACACUUUAAUGGCACCUCAGAUAGUGCAGCAAAGGAUAUGUAUCCUGUGCCACCUCUAACCUUUACAGAAAGUGCUUAUAGACAGCUAAAUCUGUUCCCUGAUCAUAGAACUAGUUCUAGAUUGCAGCAGAAUGGGAUUUCUAAUGAAAAUAAUACAGAAGAUGGUGCUGAGCAAGAUUUUCAGAUGCAUCCUUUGCUCUUUCAAUAUCCUCGAGAUGUGCUUUCAUCAUGUAGUCAUCCGGUUCAAAAUCUUAUUAACCAUUCAAGAAAAUAUGAUCUUUAUCCCUUUGAGAAAGUUCAAGUUGAGAGAAGUAAGAACCAGACUACAGGUUCCACCGAAAACGGAAUUACUGUAAAUGCUAACACUAUCGAUUUUCAUCCUCUCCUGCGAAGAACUGAAGUUGAGAUACAUGAUGAAAUACCAGAAGAUGACUACUACCAUCACUCUGUUAAUCAGUCUGAGUGUAACAUGAGGGAAGCUCAAGCAGAUGACUCAUCAACAUCUGGGCAAGCAUCCGCAAGCCCAUGCGAGAGGGAGAACAAUAUUGACUUAAACAUUAAUUUAUGUUCUCCAAUGGAGUUAAAAGAUGCAAAUGACUUCAGAUGUACUUUUAGCAAAUCAAAUGUUCAAGAUGAAGGUUCUAGGAAGGACAAAGCUAGCGUUUCAGAGCUAGAGGUUGUAAAUGUUUGUUCUCAUCAUUGCAUUCAAGAGCCUAAUGAAGAAUUAAUGCAAGGUAUUGUAAUGGAACAAGAAGAAUUAAGUGAUUCUGAGGAAGACAGCCAGCAUGUUGAGUUUGAAUGUGAGGAAAUGGAUGAUUCUGAAGAGGAGCAAGUUCAGGGUGUGGAAUCCUCUCUGAUUCAAAAUGAGGGUACCUCAGCAUCAGUUGUUUACGGGGAGUUCCAUGGGAGCAAUGAUCAGAGUCAGAUCCAGCAAGGAUUAGUUCAAGUGGGUAAACAGGAUGCAAGUUCAAUGCGGAAUAUACAAGGUUCUUCUCGGUCCGCAAGGGCAAAGUUGAAGCCAGAAGCUGCAAAGCGCACAGUAUCAAGGGUAAACCAACGUUUGUCCACUUCUUGUACAGGUGAACCUAGCCGGACCAAAACCAGAAGCUCUAAUAUGAAGCAGGGACAGACAAGUGCUGUACGCAAGUCCAGUGAUUCAAGGCGAACUAGAAAAAUCCCAGCCCCAAGUUGAAGGUCUAUCUAGCCUUUUAUUCCUGUGCUGCAUUGGCCAAAUUACAAUGGCGGAAUGGCUCAAUACAAUCUGUUUUUACUCACAUUGUUGAGUGGAUUAGAACUGACGACUAUGCAGCACAUGCUGGAGAAAGAGACCUAUCGAACCUCUAUGGUCACUUAGUUUGGAUUGUUGUGUGAACAGAGCAGAGAGUGGAAGAGACCAGACCUGAGGAAUUCUGCAGUUGGAUAGCAAGACUGAAGUGGUGAUCUUGGCCUACAAUUUGGCGCUCAACCUGUGUUUGCGCAUCAACUGUUGAUGGCGUGAGAAAGCACUCCCAUUUUGAGCAACCAUGGUGGACAUAAUGGAAUGAUGAGCUAAAUUGCUCAGAUUGACUUGGGAGUUUUGUACCUCGACUCCACAAAGGUCAACAUUAGCCAAUAAUAUGCUUUGUAAUAUCAACCAUACAGGUUGGUGGUUGUAUGCGCGUUCAUUCUGUGUAACUGUGUGAAUAGAGAAAUGUAGCUGGCCUGCCGCUAUUUAUGGUGUCGCCCAUUGACAAACAGAGUCCAAUGCACUGUAACGACUCGGCAUUGCUGAAAGGCAUUGAGCUGCAUAUGGGCCUCUAACGUGUAAGAUGAUUGAUUGUAUCUUCUUGUGCAUUGUGAGUAUUCGUUAUUUCAA